AUGAAUUCACGAGAAAUAUCAAAUUUUCAACAAUUAAUAAAACUUCAUCCAUUACUUAAAGAUGAACAACGAGAUCGUAUUACAAUUAUGAUUUCAGGAAAAAAAUUUAUUGUACAAAAUCGUCAAUUAAAAGUUUUUCCUGAAACAUUAUUGGGUAAUGAAGAUAAACGACGUAUAUUCUACGAUAAUAAAUUACAUGUAUAUAGAUUUAAUCGACAUCCAUCUAUAUUUGAAUCUAUACUUUAUUAUUAUUUAAAUCCUGGAAUUCUUAUUCGACCACCUCAUAUUGAACCUGAAAUUUUUUAUGAUGAACUUCGUUUUUGGAAUAUAGAUGAAAGUCUAAUUGAAACAUUUAUUGAAGAAGACAUGAUACCAUUAGAUAAUAUUCGUUUUUUACCAGUACAAAAAUGGCGUCGUAUUAUCUGGAAAACUCUUAUGUAUCCAGAAAGUAUUCAUUUUCCAUAUAGUGAAUUAGUAAUAGGAAUAUGCAUAUUAACAACAUUAUUAUCAUCUAUACCAUUUAUAGGAGAAAUUAUACCGACAGUAACUGAAUUAAAUAAACUUCAAAAUAUACUUAAUGUUGAACAAAUAUUUUUUCCAUUAUAUAUACGUUCAUUUUAUAUAAUUGAAAUUCUUUCUAUAACAAUAUUUUCUAUUGAAUUAAAUUUACGAAUAAUAUCAGCACCAAAUUUUUCACUUAUUAUUUAUGAUAUAAUUAAUUUUCUCGAUUUGAUAAUUAUUUUAUCAAGUUCAAUUUGUUUAAUUAGUUAUCAUUUACAUAAUAUUCGUUAUAUAAAUAAUUUUCUUUCAUUUUAUUAUUGGUUACUUAUUUUAAAAUCAUUUCGUAUUUAUCGUUUAGCACGAUAUAUGUUACGUUUAAGAUUAUUAUAUAAGACAAUAGCUAUUUGUUUAAAUGAAAUUUGUGCAUUGAUUAUUUCAGUAAUAUUCUGUAUGUUAUUAUUUGGUACAUUGAUUUAUAUCAUCGAUAAUUCAGAACCAGAAUCAAAUACAAGAAAUAUUCUCGAUGGAUUUUGGCUUGCUUUUAUUACAUUAACUACGCUAGGCUAUGGUGAUAUAUAUCCUCGUUCUUUCGAAGCUCGAAUUGCCGCUGGUCUAUGUGCUUUAAUAGGAAUCAUUAUAUUUAGUAUGCCCACAACAAUUAUUUUUAUUAAAUAUACAAAAUUAAUACAAAAUAAAUGGAAACAAAAUCGAAAUAUUCGUUAUCUUAUUUCAUCAUAA